CAUCCAGCAUCACCAAGUUAAUGUUUUUGCAACUGUUAUCCUACGUCGGUAUCGUUUUUGGGUUUGUGUUUCUCACAUUGGCCAUUGCCUCUGGGUUAUACUACAUCAGUGAACUCGUGGAAGAACACUCUGCUCCAACAAAGAAGUUUUUGACCAGAAGCAUAUACUCGAUCGUUGGUGUCUAUAUCCUCUUGUGGCUAUUUGAUGGAUUCCCAUUCCUUCUUACAAUGUUCUCCAUUGCAACAUACUGGGUCUACCUACAAAAUCUGAACAAGUUCCCAUUCAUUGAUUUGAAAAGUCCAAUCUUUAUUGCCAGUUGUGUCUUGGUCGUUGUCAAUCAUUAUUUAUGGUUCCAACAUUUCAGCAAUCCAUCAAUUCCAUCACCACAGCAUAGAUUAGAUCCAAAUUAUAAACCACCAAGAAUUGCUAGCUUUGCUGAAGUCUCGUCAUUUUUUGGUAUCUGCAUAUGGUUCAUUCCAUUCGCUCUUUUUGUUUCAUUGAGUGCCAGUGACAAUGUCCUUCCAACUUCCAAUGAGUUGUCCAGUAGCCAAUUUGAUGAUUCAGGUAAGACUAAAAGAGGUAGAACUCAAGGUUUGGCUAAAGUGGUUGUCGGGAGAAUUAGAGACUGGAUAUAUUCAGUUUCUCGUACAUUUGGCUAUGAACUUGAUCCACACCGUGGAAUAAUAGUAUGAAACAAGAAAACAUCAAGAGUCGAUUGCAUCAAUCUUAAGCACAUACAUAUCAUCAAUC